UAGCAGGUAGUGAUUAAGUCAGCAACCCCACAGCUUUCCAAGAAAGUGGAUAUUGACACGGGUCCCCUGCAGAAGAUCUGGGCAAAGGCCACCAUUUCCAUAAGGCCUAAACGGAUAACUGCUGCCUUUGUGUUAUCACCAAAGCUCAGCCCGUCGCAGAAGCCGGCUCCUACUGCUACGAUGUUCUAAAAAGUUCCAUGCAGGACAGACAAAAAGGAAAUCACCAGGUAAGACGUGCAGUUCACCAGGGUAUAUAAAAGCAAGCUUUAAGAAAAUUCCUCAACUGUCUCCACUCAAUUCAGCAGGAUGGGCCCCAGGUUUAUAGAGCCAUAGAUUCGUUAAGGUUGGAAAAGACCACUAAAAUUAUCCAGUCCAACCAUCAACCCACCCCCACCAUGCCCACUAACUAUGGCCCUCGGGGUCACAUCUUCCCAGUUCUUUAACACAACACUCAGCGCCUAUGAAUUGUUGUGAGGACGGCAGGCGGCUCAUUACAUUUCAGCAAAAGCUGCUCAACUUUGUAGGAUUUUAUAAAGUAUCCACCGCUAUUCCAGUGGGCAAACCUCAGAGCAGCUUGUUUAAUAUUGUAGUAUUGCAAUCAUAUGGCAUCGUGCAAUUAAUGUUUAUUUCUGCUAGUUCCAAGCUGGGGCUCAUUUCUGUUUGAACAGUUUAAAAUAACCUGAAUGAAGAUGUGCCUUCUAGCUCUUCUUCGUUAGCCUGUAGUUUACUGGUUUUAUAUACUGACACUGCAAUGGACCAAACCUUGGUUUUGCCUGCAGGGAUGGUCAGUAGAAUCGGCCUUUCCUACAGCUCUAAAUAAAUGCCUUGGGAUCCUAAAAAUCUUCCCAGUUCCUCACCUUGUCCUGCAUGUCCCUCUCCCCACCUUUGCCUUUGCUAACGCAAUGAUUUCAAGGGGAGCAGAAAUUUCCCUCACAACUGAACGAACUCCAGCCUAUAGCUGGAGGCAAAAUCUUUGGGUGUUUGUAAAUACCUUACUCAUAUCUAGGUUAAGCAAAACCAAGUCUUCACCAGUCAGUAAACCCCUCCUCCAAGGAAAGAUGAAUUGUUCAGACACAAAUGGCUGAUUUUACAGAAACUACAAAUGGUGGUAACCUGGGUUCACUUUUGGCACAUUUAAAAACAAAGCCCAAAGUUCACUCAGGUGCCCCUGCCAUGGAAACUUGAUGACUGUGGUGUUUCUUCUGGCCUUGCCUGGGAUCUGUAUGUGGGCUUGGCUGCACACCGUCCAGAUGUACUUCCAAUUCAGAGUGGUGCUUCUGGUACUGCUUUCUAGUGAGUCUCUACUUGAAAUAUGGACGUAAGCUAUUAGUUGGAAUUAUUGUAUGUAGAAGGAGUCUUUGUUCCACGUGCUUUCCAACAAGAAAAUACAGUGGACUAAAUUCUUCCCUCAGAAACAGAGGUGACUCUGUUAAGAACAAAUACAGAAAUCCAGCUAUUUUGAAAUGCUUUGCCAGCUGUUUUAUCUGUAAGCAAAUUUUCUCCUUUUUUUUCAUAUUGGAAAGCUGACAUGGGAAAUGUUAUGUGUUUUGUCCAUGCCCACUCAAUCAUAAGGCAGCAGGACUAAUGUUAGACCACGCAGCUUAUAGAGGCACAGGCAGGGGUAAGAAUUUAGUCCUGAUAAAAAAGAAAAUUGGUUUGAAGUCACUAACUUUUAAGGCUCCACAGAUCUCCACUGUAUCAGUGUCAGGCACCACGGUAAUCCUAAAGUUGGGAGUCUGCAGUAAUUCCUUAAAGAUCUGCCCUUGUUUCUCAUUUUUGCACCCUGUGGGAAGGAAGGAUGACAGUUAGAGCAUUUGUGAUGUUUCAGGAGCAUAGCAGUAUGCACACUGAAAUGAAACCUGAAGUAAGAGCCUAGGGACCUUUGAGUUUUGUGGUCACAAUAACUGGGCAUUGCUGAAGAAGAUGCUUGCCCCUGCUGCUGGAAGCCAGGGUAAGCAUUCUUGCCUUUGCUUACGAAUGGGCUUUGUGGCUUUCCGUAGGGAGAAACACUUUGAGGCCCCAAAAGCAAGGGGCAAGCAAGCAUCCCUGCACAGCUGUUGUCCUGUCAUGGCUCAAAGCUGAGCCAGCAGAAAUUAAACUGCCCCCAAGAAAAUGAAUAUUGCCUAACUCUCCUGAUCCUGUCUCGUUCUGUUUGUGACUAGUUUCUCUUCCAACAACAAAUGCCCAGCUGGUAUGGUUUUCACUAUUACUGUAACCUCUGCACAGCAAAAGAACAGUACUGCAAUAAUUAUUUUUUUUCCUUGACCUCCACCAGCUAUUGAAGAAUGAAACUAAUUUCUGCUGACUUCAAAAAUCAAUGGAUUUUAAAAGCUGCUGGGUGAACUCUCGAAGUCAGGUGAGUCCCAGUUCUAGGGAGAGAAGAACAGAGUGUUACUGCUGCUCUUAUUAAACAGGGAAAUAUAAAGAUGGAGAAAUACACUUCAGAGGGUGUGAGCUUCUGAUUACGCUUUGCUUGACAAACUGCACAGUGUAUCGACUGCCUCAGUACUCAGCGCUGGGCUUUACAGACAGGUAGCUUCUGGUAACUCCUAUAGGAAUAGGGUUAUGCUGUAAUUUUUUAAUGAGUGAAAUUAGCUCACAGCCCUCAGUACUGGAACCUGCUGUCAUGUGGGAUCAUAUCCCGCCAGCACCAAUCUCCCUGGAAAGGGAGCUGCCCCCCUGAAUGAGUUCAGCACGCACUGCACAUCUGGCAUCGUGCAGAACCUCAACACAUCUCAUUGCAGGCUGCCUCCCACUGUUGCCUGCAGACACUAUCCUGUUUCCCAGCCAUAGAUGAGGGUAAGCCACAGACAGGAGAUCGAAUUUGCCCUUUGCAAUAGUUACCAAUGGUGGUUUCACAGAACUUCUCAUCAGCCACUUCUUUGGCUAUGUUGGCCCCCAUAAGCACACUGAUUUCUAUUUUCAGCUUCUCUCGAAUGAGGUCGGAUAUGAGCUUCAGGCCCUCAGGACCUUCAUCGACCCCCUGAAUAAAAGACAACAGUGAAAGCUAAGUACAGGAAAAUGACAGCAGCAGCAGUGCUGUUAAAGCAGGUGUCCUAUUGCCUGCAGGUCUGCCUGGCUGUACUUGGAAGGAUUUGGGUCUUGUGUUUGCUAGCAUUAGCCAUUAGUGCAAAUGCUCUGUAUUUGUACUUUUAAGCACAAAUUCAAGGCAAGUUCAGGGAGAAGGUGCACUAAAGUUAACCCUGCAACAGGGCUCACAUGCAGUGCUGCUGCCCUGAGGUGCUCUUCUGUGCCACAUUUUUCCUGUGUAUUAAACUGUGGUGCAGAGCCAUGCUUUUAAGAUGAGCUUACAAGAAGUGGCUUCUUUAGCAAGAUCUGAAGUAUUAACCUUAAUGCUUCAUUGGUAGUGUACUGAGCUGUAAUAGUUUUUCUGAAGCUGAAGAAAGGAGUACAUUUUUCCUCUCCUCACCAUCCCUUCCUCUAUGCACUGCUACUUGAAAGAUAACUUUGAUAGGAGAAAAUCAAAAAGGAAAGAUCUGUUAUUACAGUCUGAGAACUUGAAUUAAGUUUCUGGUAUUUCAGUUUUAAAUUGGAUUUUAACACAAUCAAUAGAAGUGGCAGACUAUAUUGCUACAUUCUGCCUUAAACUUUUAGUUUGAGACCAUCUUAAAAUAUUAAUUUCCCAUAAGGUAGUGAUAAUCUGGCAGCUCUAGCCUUUAAAAAGCGAUUCCCUUUUUCAUUACAAAUGGGAAAUGCUCCAAUUCUGCAAAGUUAUUAAUAUUCCUGUGCACAAACGGCUUUGCACACACUCAGGACAGGCACGUAGACCCUGUGAUCUCUCUAGUUAAGAGUUAACAGAGGCUGAGGUUGGAAUAUUUUUCCUGGCAGCAGCACCAGCUCAUGCAGAUAUCUCUCUGUGCAUUUUCAUCUCUGUGCUGGUCCGAGUGGGAACUAACCCAGGCUAAAGAUGACUGAUAAGGAUGGUUCCUUGGCCCAGUGGGGUUACCCAAUCCUUUCCACUCUCUGGUCACAUGAGCAGCAGAGAUACUACUGGAGGCUUUGUUGAUUCUUAUGGGGACAACAACCUACCUUGAUGAGUGAAAUCCCAAAUGCUCCAGGCUUUAUGUGACCUGCCAUCUGCUCACAGACUCGUCCGAUGAACUGAUGUGGUAGGACAAACACUAAGAUGUCUGUCCCUCUCACUGCUUCAGCCACGUCUGGUACAGCCACCUGGGACAAAUAUAACAAGGAAAAUGAGCCCCCUCGCACCAGAAAAUCUCCUUUGGAGAUGAGGAGGAGCUGCCAUCUCUUCUGCCCCCAAGACUUCUCAGCUGCUCAGUCCUGCUGACUCCUCAGGCUCUGAGGUUAUCUGGACGUUGCUUCUCUGUGCCUGCUCCAGCAUGAAUUCAGACUUGCUAAAUGCUGAUAACCUGAACGAUGCCCUGAAAUCUCAGUGGAAUUUUACCCAGUGCCUUGUCCAUAUUUAAUGAUUGCUCCCGGAAAUACUUGCUUAGCUACGCAUAAGAUUGCAUUUCCCUCCUUAAUGAUUAUAUCAGCCAUGUGGCUUUUCCUCUUCUGUUGUUCACAGCUAAUGAAUUUUAAUUUACAGCAGAAAUGUAAUUAGUCAAUCGGUGCAUGUCCUUGCGUUUUAUAUGUUUACAUUUCAUCCCAUGCCUGAUACCAAAGCAUAACAACCAUGUCAUUCUUCCUAUGAGGCUUCCUCUGUAUUGAAAACACCUCCCAAGUUUCUUGUUAGCACAUUUCAUUGUCUCGCUUGUCAUUUUUUGCUCCAAACUGACUUAAUGACAUUAUUCAGAUGGAAUCCUCCAGGCCCAUACUUUGCUGUCAGCAGUUUUUACCUCUGUCAUUGACUCCUUCAGCAUUUUAUCAUGUUUACAUUAAUCCCCACCUUCUUGAGUUUAACUAAUGCAUUUUCUAGUAAUACCAAAUCAAAUACUUUACCAAAGUCCAGGUUGAUAAGAUUUUACUAGUUUUUCUUUGUCCACAAAUGCAGUUAUCUUAUCAAAGAAAGAUACUGGGUUCAUCUACACACAACAUGCCUAUCUUGCACUUUAACCCUUUUCCUGCUUCCCUCUGUGCCGUUUGUUACUCAUUUGCUCUUUGGCCUGUGUGCUAAAAAGCCAAUAGAUUUUGUGCUGACCAACCUAUAGAUUUUGGUGAUGGAGAUUACUCAGUCUUCAGAACUGAAUGGUAAAGAUCUUUCAAGUUCUGCAGCUGUAUUGCAUGUGGUAAUUUCCAUAUCCAUGCCCUUAAGCCCAUUAAGUGUGUUGCCUCUGCCCUUCAGGGUUGCAUAAUUUUCUUCAUGGAAACUGAAGCAACAUAUUGCUUUAGCUUCUAGCCAUCUACCCUACUGCUAUUGCUCGUGAUCCUUUCUUUUGUUUUCUUUGUAAUGAUGCAGAUAAAACCCUUUUCAUCUUGAUUUUCCAUCCCUGUGCAUGGUCUGGUUUGUUUGGAUUUUGAGCAGUUCUGCUGCUACACCUUUAACUGUUGAUGUUUGAAAGAUAGCUUUCUCUGCAUAUCACUUUUUUUUCCCUUUUCCCUAUGCUUUCUGUGUAUUUCUGAGAUGUCCUAUGCUAUCUGCAUUGCAGUUCACAUCCUUCCUAAGCACAGAGCUAUAGGUAAAAUUCUGCCUCUACCUAAACUACCAGCAUCACAUCUGACCCAUGCCUUCAAAUGAUGGACAGCCUUAACAUCAGCAUUGCUCAUAUAAUACAGGCCUAUGUGAUUUCCAAUGAAUUUUUUUCACAAGCUUUCCCUGAAUUACACUCUAAAUUGAAGUUUUGCAGAAAUGUUAUAUAUAAGUACUAGUUUACUGUACGCACAACUACUGUUAAUUGUAGGUAUUAAAUAGCAGCCAUUUAUGCAGGGGCCACAUCUAAUAUCUCACUACAGCUCCUAAAGGAUGCUGAAUACAAACAAGUAGUGUCAGUUUCUGUCUGUAAGAUCUUGCAGUCCAAAUUACUUACAGCUUUGCUGCUUCCACGCGGAUUUCUUGCAGUCUGACUUUACCAGCUCAUGGGAUCUAGGAAACAAAUCAACAGUGAAGUUUUUGCUCCAUUCAUUGGUAUUCAGUUGAGUUCUCUGCUGCAGGCUUUGAUUGGAUUAUAUAGCAGGAAUGUAUUUUUUUUUCCACACUUAAAUAAGUUUUUCCAAAAGUACUUAGCAGAAAAUGAAGUUGGAUUUUAGGCCUAUAGGAAUCUAAGUGAAUUCCAAGCAGUUUUCACCAUUCAAGAAGAAUGGAUGAGAAGGUUGUUUGUAUGCAGUCUCUACUGUGUAGGGCUUUCUCUAAUCUAAUGGAGAAGGUUUUCAGGAGAAGUAAAAUAUUACAUGUCUACAGCAGAAAUGAAAAAUGCAUUUGCUGGAAGAAAAACAGCCCUGGAAGCUUAUUGGUAAUUGUCUUCAAAGCAGUCCUCAGGCAACAGAGCUAUAUAGACUUUCCAGAAUCCAAAUAUACCUACUCUGUAGGCAGCAGAAGCUGCAAUGAGAAGGAUGGAUGUAAUCUGGAUAUUAUGAAGUGGCUGCAGAAUUGAUUAGAGCAUGCUGAUACAUGUAGGACAUCUGGUAUUGAAAAGAGCUCAGUGUCAGUCUCCCAUAGGUAGAGCAUAUAUGGCAGUGGAGCAGUGGGAUUACAUAUGACAAGUUUGACUACCAAAAUGAGUGCUUUGGCUUGGUUUCCAAUCUAAUCUUGUUAUCAUGAUACACCUGGAAACUGCAUUUGGCAGAGAUGACCAGAAACAAAACAUGGUAACUAGGAUCUGCAGCAGAUGGAGAGGUACACAGGUUGCCAUAGAAACCAUGCAGAAAAAAUGCGUAGGAGUGAAGAAAAGCACAGAAAGGCUUCUAGGAGAAGAGGCUAAUGGCUGAAGAACUGAACUAAUUCAGCAGCUGUUCUGUUUAUUGAAAGAAAAACACCUUAUCUUUUCAGAGGAUUGAGAAAUGUGGAGCACAGGAGUUCUCACAGUGAGCUGCAGAACAGUGGAAGGCAGGAAUGUUGUGCCAUAGGGUAGGGUAGAAGAAGUGGUCAUGAAGUGGAUGAAAGGGCUGGGAAGCCCUGAACCACAGCACGUGCUCCCCUUGUCUCUAUUGUGCACACACCAUAUCUAUGCUGGUAGGAAGGGCAGACCUGGGGCAAUGCAGAGGGCAAAUCCUUCCAUGGUGCAGAAGGACCAAAUAGAGAUGAUGGGUUUCAGCCUCCACUCCUUGGGUUGGAACAGCCUGAACUCUUCCACAGCAGGUGAUGAGGCAUAUCUUGGGCUCUCCGUCUGCUCACAGACUGGAGAGAAAAGGGCAGAGACAUCCCCUUGUGUGUCUUGAGCAAACAGAGUUGGAGGUAGGGGAAGACCAGGGUCACAGACUGCUGUAAGCAGCAGUCCCAGUAGGCUUACUGGCAUAAAACUGCCUGCUUCCAGAAAGCCUGCUGCAGUACUUGUCUGCUAUGACCAAAGUACUCCAGGCUGUGGCAGGCCUCUCUCCAUACAGUAGCAUUAAAGAGAAAUAGCCAGGUGGUGACUCUGAGGAAGAUGCUCUGGAAACAGGAUCAGGAUCUCAGUCCUGGCCCCUAUUGAGCUCCCAGGACACUACUCUAUCCUCAGACAGUGCCUUACAUGUUAGUCUGGGUUCCUGGCUUCCAGUAAGACUGAGCUCCAAUUUCUAUGUCUGAGUCUGGAUUGUGCUGGGUGAUGUAACGUUGGAGCCCAGAGCAUGACUCAAUGCAAAGUCAUACUUAGUGCAACUUGAAAUGGUGUCAAAUGUGACUGUGAAGGAUGCAAGUGGGUCGUGGAUGGGGACCGAAUCCUCUGAGGCAGCAUGAACUGCUGCCAUCUGUGGCUCUGAUGCUUAUGGCUGGGCAUUUGAGUUACAGCUGAGCUACUCUGCAUCGCAGCAGAAUACAGUGCACAGGGAUUGAUAGAGAAGAGGAAGGGAAUUAUGAUGGAGUGACAAGCAUCAAUGGACAAAGGGAAGGUAACAGGUAUCAUCUACUGGGAUUUGUGCAAGGCCUUUGACACGGUACCCCACCACAUCUUUACCUCUAAGUUGAAGAGAAGGGUGAGCUGUUUGGUGGAUAAGGGAUUGAGCGGAAGGUAGCAGCCAGAGGGCUGUGGUCAAUGGCUCUAUGUCUCGGUGGAGGCCAGUGGUCAGUGCUGUUCCCCAGGGGUUUGUCUUGGGACCAGUACUCUUUGACAUCUUUAUCAAUGACAGAUGAUGAAAUUGAGUGCACUCUCAGUAAGUUUGCUGAUGACACCAAGCUGAGUGGUGCAGUUGAUACAACAGAAGGGAUGGCAACCAGAGGACCUUGAUAAACUCGAAAGAUGGGCCCAGGUGAACCUAAUGAGGUUCAACAAAGUGAAUUGCAAGGCUUUGCACUUAGUUGGGGAUAAUCCCAGGUAUGUAUCUAGACUGGGAGAAAAUCUUACUGAGAAUAGCCCUGCUGAGAAAGACUUAGGGGUCCUGGCAGAUGAAAGCCUUAACCUGAGCCAGCAGUGUGUGCUUGCAGCUCAGAAGGCAAACAGUAUUCCGUGAAUUAUGAGAUGACAGUGGCUGAAAAGCACACAUAAAAUAAAGGUUUUGACUCAUUGAGACUACAGAAGGAGUGAUGAAUAACCACUAAAAGCAAGUGCCAGUGAUUCUGCAAGUCAAACAGCACAGAGCUUUAUAUGUUAUCUUCCUGCAAAGCCACAGACCCGGUAAUACAGAGAUACCUGUAGAGCUUCAUAAUCAGGACUUCCUCUCAAAUAGUGUAAAAUACUCUGCAGGCUGAAGUUGUAUUACAUUAACCAGAUCUUCUUGGCUAUUCUCAUCUAUGGUUAGGAGAAUCUAGUGGUGCAUGCAGUGUGUUUUAGGAGAAUGGCUGUUCAUUUAGCUACAUUCCUUUUCAGGUUGUUGUGUCAUGGCAUCUAGAGCUGUAGUGGGCAAGAUAUCUUCCAGUCAUGGUACGUGUAGGAAGUUCUUUCAUAUUCAUUAUGUAGAAGAGCCCAGAAAACAUCAAAUAUAUUCCAGACUAUUAAUAAACUCAAAUCUCAGCCACCUUAAGAAAGAAUCUAACGCUAAUAAGCACUGAUUGCUCAAUGAACCAAUGCGGAUGUGAAGCAGUAUUAGUUAUCAGCAGCUUUUCCAGUUCAGCAAUGCUUAGGAAACACAGCACUCCUCGUGCUGUCCUGUCCUUCCAGGAUUUAUGUUAUUCCUCCACAAGUCUGUAGAAGAUGAAGUUCAUUUAAGCAAGCAGGAACAGUCAUUUCUUAUCUUCUCUACACUGGCUACCAGAGGAGGACACGGGUUUAAUUUUAGGUGAGGCUCAUCCAAAGAUAUGAUUUACAUUAGGAAAAAAGUCCUGACCAACUAACAGGAGAAUGAUAGAGAACCGCUGUAACUUCAAUUUGGAAAAACUAUGGGUUGUUUUUUUUUUUUUUUAAGCACACAAGUGAUUACAAGUAUGCUGGGUUUCAGAGCUUUUAGUCUUUAAAUGUGGAUAGAUCUUAGUACUCUGCAGAAAUGGCACUGGCCAGAAGAAAUGCUAAGCACGUAUAUCCAGACUGUAAGAUUUGGAAGAAAUCUGUAAGAGCAAUACAAAGUUUUGGGCAUUUUUCUAGAAUUAACAAAAUGAUGCAUAGGACACACCUGCAGCAGGGUGCUUUGCCAUGGCACCUCUGUGCUCUCCCUCUACUGUUUCUACCAGGGCCAAGGUGUGAUUUUGGUCACUUUGAGCCAUUAAGCUACAACUGGGGAAGGCGAUCAGAGCAGUGGAGCUGACCACAAGUUACAAUUAGCAGCGAAUGUAAACUGAAGUUAAAUGUCAUCUCGAACAGUACAUUCUUAUCACAUCUGGUCACGCAGUUGUCAGUGCCACCUUACGAUAAUCUCCGGUAUUGCAAGUGCAGCGCUUCGAGGAAAGAAAAAUGCCCGUGCACGGAGAAAGCAAAUCAGUUUGUCGUUUGGCACAGGUGAAGUUGCGCCUCUGUUGAGACCAGCGGGUCCUCAAGCAGUGGGAAGUAAAACACACUGAUGGGAUACCUGUCCGGGUUGCUUUUGCUUCAUUUCUUUUUCUCCCCCAGGAACAUUUCAGCGGUGUUGGUAUGCAGCGCAAUGCAUCAAUUAGAAUUGCAAGCAAUUGGCAGGAGAGGAAUUAACAUGUUUAGAGGGCAAGAGGAGAGGAACCCUGGAUGAAAUUUUCUUCAGUGGACAGCCUGACCUGCUGAUCUGUUCUCUUGCUGUUCCAUAGGAGAAACGUGCAGCUGAAAAGGCAUUUAUUUUCCUACAGUGAUGAGUGUACUUGUAAAAACACAGACGUGGAGGAUUUUAUGCCUGUGCAGUGGUGAUGUGUCGCUGUAAGAGACACUGCAGCUGUCGGUGUAACAGGCAAUCCUCGCUGGGCUGUGUUGGCUGAGAUUGUGUGUAUUGAUGAGGAGGGAUGGAGAUGGGCUAAUUUAGAACACCUUCUCCUUUGCAUUUCUGCUUCUCUAUGACCUAUGUAGGUUCCCAUACAGGGCACUGUGUAUAAUGGUUGUUUCCCAUAUUAUAGGUGUGCCGCAAGAGACUGCCUGGAAGAUGCUCAUCCAAACACCCUGCCCGUGGGCUGGAGAGAGGAGGAGGGAGAGUGAUCACAUGGAAAAUAUUUGUGGCUACUUAAUGAAGUACACCAAUCUCGUCACGGGUUGGCAAUAUCGGUUUUUUGUUCUAAACAAUGAUGCUGGCCUGCUGGAGUACUUUGUGAAUGAGCAGUCUAGACACCUGAAGCCCAGGGGCACAUUGCAGCUAGCAGGAGCUGUAAUUUCACCCAGUGAUGAAGACUCGCACACCUUUACAGUCAAUGCUGCCAGCGGGGAGCAGUAUAAACUAAGAGCUACUGAUGCUAAGGAACGACAGCACUGGGUUAGCAGGCUGCAGAUUUGCACACAGCAUCACACAGAAGCUAUUGGGAAGAACAACCCUCCUCUGAAGUCUCGGAGCUUCUCUCUCGCAUCCCAAGGAAGCAUCAACUCUCCAGGGCUGCAAAGAAGACCUAGCCAAAAUGCAGUUUCCUUUUUCAAUGUUGGGCAUCACAGAUUGCCCGCUGGAAAAAGAGGUCCUAUUCUGCAGCCAGAUCACCUUGUAGAUGUCCGAGAGAUGAUGUCGCAGGCUGAGGGCCAGCAGAGAGACUUGAUCAGGAGCAUAGAAUGCCUUCCUGUCUCCGGUCACCUUACGUCCUUGGAUCAAGACCUAUUAAUGCUCAAAGCAACUUCCAUGGCAACCAUGAACUGCUUAAAUGACUGCUUCCAUAUUCUCCAGUUACAACACGCUUCACAACAAAAGGGAUCCUUACCAGCAGGGACGACGAUCAGUUGGUUGGAACCAAAGAUAUCUCUGUCAAACCACUUCAAAAAUGGGGCAGCUCAGAAUUUCCCAGCAGAGAUAAACAAGCCAGCGUCUGUCAGAGAGGAGCAGUCCAAUGCGGAGCCCUGCCAGCUAACAAGGGAACCUGAAGAAAUAAAUCCAGAUGAGGAGCUGGAGGACCUCUGUGAUGAUAAAGAAGAUGAUCUAGGAGGAGUAGAGGAACAGCGCAGUGUUAUCUUGCAUCUCUUGUCUCAGCUGAAACUUGGCAUGGACUUAACAAGAGUGGUUCUUCCCACUUUUAUUUUAGAGAAGCGAUCGUUGUUGGAGAUGUAUGCGGACUUCAUGUCCCAUCCAGAUCUCUUCAUUGCGAUCACGAAUGGCGCCACCCCAGAGGAGAGGAUGAUCCGCUUUGUUGAGUAUUAUCUCACCUCCUUUCACGAAGGUCGCAAAGGAGCUAUUGCAAAGAAACCAUACAAUCCGAUCAUUGGGGAAACAUUUCACUGCUCCUGGAGGAUGCCAAAGAGUGAAGUAGCCACUGACGGUGGCAGUAACAUCUCUGCUCACUCUGAGCAGAUAGCUUUGUCUAAAGAUCUGGAAGGCCAAGCAGAGUCGGACUACUACACAGUAAAGUUUGUAGCCGAGCAAGUGUCCCACCACCCUCCUGUCUCAGGGUUUUAUGCUGAGUGUGUGGAGAGAAAGAUGUGUGUCAAUGCUCACGUCUGGACAAAGAGUAAAUUCUUGGGGAUGUCGAUAGGGGUGACAAUGGUUGGUGAAGGUCUCCUAAGCCUCUUGGAACAUGAGGAAGAAUACACGUUCUCUCUGCCCUGUGCGUACGCUCGAUCGAUUUUGACUGUUCCCUGGGUAGAACUGGGAGGAAAAGUCAACAUAAACUGUGCAAAGACAGGAUAUUCUGCAAGUAUUAACUUCCACACCAAGCCCUUCUAUGGUGGGAAAUUGCAUCGAGUCACGGGUGAAGUGAAGCAGAACGCGACCAACACGGUGGUGUGCAGAGUGCAAGGAGAGUGGAACAGCGUGCUUGAAUUCACCUACAGCAACGGGGAGACAAAAUACGUGGACUUGACGAAAUUGUCGGUGACACGAAAACGAGUCCGGCCCAUUGAGAAGCAAGGACCAUUUGAAUCUAGGAGGCUGUGGCAACAUGUAACAGAGUCUCUGCGGGAUGGAGACAUCGAUAAAGCUACAGAGCACAAGCGGGCCCUUGAAGAACGACAGAGGAAUGAAGAGAGGCUUCGUGCUGAAACAGAAACUCCUUGGUGUACUAAAUACUUCAUUAAAGAGGGGGAUGGCUGGGUUUAUCAUAAACCCCUUUGGAGAGCGGUCUCUGCCGUGCAAACUCAGCAAAUGGACGCUAACUAGAAAAGCUGCUUAAAGAUGAGUUUCCUGUUUCUGAUAUUCUUUUCCUGUCUCUCAAAAUGCAGUAAUCGCACUGAGUGUCCCCUUUUUAUAUAAUAGCAAAAGCUUAAACGAGCAUAAGGAAAUAAACUAGGGCACUUUAAAGCUAUUCAGAACAAAGUCGUGGAGACAAACUCGCCAGGUACACGCUCAACCAACUUGGUUUUUUGUUUUGUAUUAUCCAGAAGAUUUUAUCUGACUUGCCUAAGAGUCUAAGUAGGUCUGUCUGAUUGCAAAAGCUGCCUAAGAGAAGAAGGUACUGUUUGGUUUUUGGAGUGACAUGGGAACUUCUUUCUACAACAAGCUCUAUUUAAUAACUGAAGUAUGCUCAGUACCCGCGUAGACAACAGCAACCAAAAAUUGCUGCUUUUAUGCCCAGCAUUAGACCUUCGUUGGCAAAAAACAACAACACAACUGGAGAGGUGCUUUGGAAGAUGUGCCUGAAAUCAGUGUUAAGAACCAACUGGAUCAUGGGAACUUCUUUCUUCAGAGAGAACGUGUGCAUGCAUCGGAGGAAUAUGGAAUAUAUGUAGAGACUACCUUUCUUUUUUAUGGAUUUAUAAAAGCAAUUAGAAUCGUAACCGUGGAGAAAUUUUUCCUCUGAAACAUUUUAAUAUACUUGAAAUAAUUGACUUGAAUUGAAAAAGUAAUUUGAACACUUUUCAACUCCUAAUUUUAUUAAAUCUUUGAGUAACCUUUUUUUUUCCUCCUGUUGUAAUGUAAUAAGGUUUGGCCUUUUCUCUUCCAUCUUCCCUUCCAAGGACUGAGGCUUUCAAACAGAACAGAAAAUACACAAUUUUGUAUUUAAACUUCUCUACCCAUCUGAUCAUCGCAAAGGUGAAGUAUCAGUGUUACAAACUGUCCUUUGGAUUGUUUUGGUUUUUCUCCUGUGGUGUUAUUCAGAACAAAGCAGUGAAAUGUGACCUGUGAAUACAUGGACUGUAGGUUUUGGUUUUUCAUCUUACAUGUCAUAAGAAAAAAAAGCUGAUAAUGCUGAGGACUGGGUAUUGAUUUGAAACACAAUCUGGUAUCAGGAAACUGUAUUCAGGUACAAACAUCCUUUGUUUUUUAUAACUAUUUUAUUGAAGUUAAAGAAUUGCUGGCAAUUAAGAUUAGUACUUAUUAUGGCUUUCGUUAUUGUUGUAACUACAAGCUACCUUAAUUUUUUCCAACAGUGGUGCCUUACUCUGUUUUUUCUUCUGAUGUAGUCUUCCAGUCAGUGUAUAUAACAUUAUCUGCCACCUCCCAGCCAUGGCAAUGGCUGCACCUGAUCCAUCCUCAUGAGAACUCACAGCUUUGUGAUCUGGUAAGAUGUUUUCUGUGGAGAAGAUACAAGUGUAAGAGUGCAUCAGAAGGCUUAAAUCAUCAUGUUAACUUUCUACACAAACUGUAAAUUGUGCAAAAAAAAAAGUUGGAUUUAUGCACAACUAUCUUGAUUUUUCUUGUUUUUUUUUUUUUUGCUGUGAAAUGCACUGAGAUCUCGAUGCGAGUCAUAGUCCCUUUGUGAGAAUUGGGGUGGGGAUAAUAAAAGUACAAAAUGAUUCGUUUGUUCUGUUUGCUUUACCUAGAGAUCAGGUGGCCAGGAAGAGUAGAUUGUUGUCUUUUAUGCUGGAGAUCUGUCUGUGUGGGCUUUUGCAGGCCCUUAUAGCAGGAUAUUUUGGCACUGUGCACUUCAGUAGUAACUGUAUUCUCCAGCAGAAGAAUGUGUUUUGGACCCCGCUGUCUUGUUUGUGAUAUUCUAUACGAUUACCCUGUCUUCAUUUUUGGAUACCUACUGGGCAUUUUCAUGUUCAACCAGGAAUAAAAAGAUAUAUAUAUGAAA